GCAUCUGCUGGAGCACGCAGAACAGAACCGACCCUGAACAAGAAACUUGAGAGGGACGACAAACCCUUCAGCUAUACCUGCUACAGACCCAAGUGCCCCAUCAGCCAAGAAGGACCCUCGGCCCCCAGGGCCAUCCUCAUCUCUUCCCCUUCUCCUCAGAAAGAUGGCUGACGCCCAGACACAAGUGGCUCCCACACCAACCAUGAGGAUGGCGACUACAGAGGACCUGCCCCUCCCUCCACCCCCAGCCCUAGAAGAUCUGCCACUGCCACCACCCAAGGAGUCCUUUUCCAAGUUCCACCAGCAGCGGCAAGCCAAUGAGCUCCGCCGUCUCUACAGGCACAUCCACCCUGAACUCCGUAAGAAUCUUGCCGAGGCCGUGGCCGAGGAUCUGGCUGAAGUCCUGGGCUCUGAGGAGCCCACUGAGGGUGAUGUCCAGUGUAUGCGCUGGAUCUUUGAGAACUGGCGCUUGGACGCCAUUGGAGAUCAUGAAAAACCAGCUGCCAAGGAGCCUGUGCCAGGUGGUGAUGUCCAGGCCACCUCCCGCAAGUUUGAGGAAGGCUCCUUUGCCAACAACAUAGACCUGGAGCCAGCCAGGCCACAGCCAUGUGGAGGGGAUGUUCAGGCAGCCCGUUGGCUGUUUGAGACAAAGCCACUGGAUGAGCUGACAGGGCAGAGCAAUGCACUGGAGCCUACUGUGAAGGAGCCUGCCACCAGCGGAGAUGUGCAGGGCACCCGGAUGCUCUUUGAGACACGGCCGCUGGACCUCCUGGGCUCACGCCCCUCCAUCCAGGAGCAGAGCCCCUUGGAGCUGCGCUCAGAGAUCCAGGAACUGAAAGGUGAUGUGAAGAAGACGGUGAAGCUAUUCCAAACAGAGCCCCUGUGUGCCAUCCAGGAUGCAGAGGGAGCCAUCCAUGAGGUCAAGGCUGCAUGCCGGGAGGAGAUCCAAAGCAACGCGGUAAAGUCCGCCCGCUGGCUCUUUGAGACCCGGCCUCUGGAUGCCAUUAAUCAGGACCCAAGCCAGGUGCGGGUGAUCCGGGGGAUCUCCCUUGAGGAGGAAUCCAGGCCUGAUGUCAGUGCAACUCGCUGGAUCUUUGAGACACAGCCCCUGGAUGCCAUCAGGGAGAUCUUGGUGGAUGAGAAGGACUUCCAGCCAUCCCCAGACCUUAUCCCACCUGGUCCAGAUGUUCAGCAGCAGCGGCAUCUGUUUGAGACCCGAGCGCUGGACACUCUAAAGGGGGGAGAGGAGGAGGGAGCAGAGGUCUCACCCAAGGAGGAAGUGGUCCCUGGAGAUGUCCGUUCUACCCUGUGGUUAUUUGAGACAAAGCCCCUGGACAGUCUCAGAGACAAAGUCCAAGUGGGUCACCUGCAGCGGGUAGAUCCCCAGGAAGGUGAGAAGCUCGUGUAUGACAGCUCCUCAGCACUGCCUCUCUCUCAAAGUGCCCCCCAGAGGGAUGGGCUGAAGGGAGACGUGAAGACUUUCAAGAAUCUUUUUGAGACCCUUCCCUUGGACAGUAUUGGGCAGGGUGAGCCUUUGGCCCAUGGGAAUGUGAACAGAGGAGAAGGAACUGAUUGUGCUGGGCAGUCUCAGAGCAUAGAGUCCCCAGUGUAUGCUAUGCAGGACAGCAAAGGCCACCUUCAUGCUCUGACCUCUGUUAGCAGAGAGCAGGUAGUUGGAGGCGAUGUGAAGGGUUACAGGUGGAUGUUUGAGACACAACCUUUAGAUCAACUGGGCCAAAGCCCUAGUACCAUAGAUGUGGUGCGGGGCAUCACCCGGCAAGAAGUGGUGACAGGGGAUGUUGGCACUGCUCGGUGGCUCUUUGAGACCCAGCCCCUGGAGGUGAUCCACCAGCGGGAGCAACAGGAACGACAGGAAGAAGAAAGAAAGAGUCAGGGAGGCCCCCAGCCUGAAGCACUUCCAAAGGGCGAUGUACAAAACAUUCGGUGGUUGUUUGAGACAUGCCCAAUGAGUAAGUUGGCAGAAAAGCAGGGGUCGGGGGCCACGGGUCCCACAACCAAGGCAGAGGCACAGUCCUACACUUGGAUGUUCAAGCCCCAACCCCUGGAAAGACCAGAGGGUUCCAGCGUGCAGCACCUGCAGGUUAGCCAGGUCCAACCUGAGGAAAGACAGACAGACAGACAUGUCUUUGAAAUUGAGCCUCUUCAGGCCUCAGGUCAUCCCUGCAAAAAAAGGCCCCUACGAUAUUGCAGCCGGGUAGAGAUUCCUUCAGGGCAGGUGUCUCGUCAGAAAGAGGUUUUCCAGGCCCUGGAGGCAGGCAAGAGAGAAGAGCAGGGGUCCCGAGUAACCCCUGGGCCCAUCCCUGCAGGUUCUGUGCACAAGUUCACCUGGCUCUUUGAGAAUUGCCCCAUGGGCUCCUUGGCUGCUGAGAGCAUCCGAGGUGGCAACCUCCAGGAAGAGCACCCUGUGAACUCCUCAGGCAACAGGGUGCCAGAGAGGCAAGAGACUGUGGCUGAGGAGACCCUAAGGACUCUGCAUGCCACCCCUGGCAUCCUGCACCAUGGCGGCAUCCUCAUGGAGGCCCGAGGGCCAGGAGAACUCUGUCUUGCCAAGUAUGCACUCCCAGAUGCAGGGAAAGGGUGCCCCUACAUACGGAAGGAGGAGCUGGUGUCUGGAGAACUUCCCAGGAUUGCCCGCCAAGUACUGCGCCGGCCAGACGUGGACCAGCAGGGACUACUGGUGCAAGAGGACUCAGCUGGCCAGCUCCAGCUCAAACCACUGAGGCUGCCAAGGCCAGGUAGCAGUGAGGGUAUUGAAGACAUGGAUCCUGAGCUCCAGCAGCUUUUGGCUUGUGGCCUCGGGGCCUCAGUGGCAAGGACUGGGCUGGUGAUGCAGGAGACAGAGCAAGGCCUGGUUGCAUUGACUGCCUACUCCCUACAGCCCCGGCUAAAUAGCAGGGCUUCUGAGAGGAGCAGUGUGCAGCUGCUGGCCAGCUGCAUAGACAAAGGAGACUUGAGUGGCCUUCACAGUCUGCGGUGGGAGCCACCAGCUGACUCAAGUCCAGUGCCAGCCAGUGAGGAGGCCCAGAGGCUGCCCUCAACUGAGACCAUCAUCCAUGUUUCACCACUGGACCCCACCAUGGGGAUGGGGCAUCUGAGAGGCCCAAGGGCCACCCCCCUCCCUCCUCAGGCCAUCAGAAAGACAGUCUCACUGGCUGUGGCCCCAGCCCGGUUGCAGGACACUGAAAAGCAGGAAGACAGCCACACUGGGCAGAAAGGGCAGGCAGCCUUGGUAAAGUCAGAAGGAGCCACAGCUACCCCUCCAGGGCCUGGGGCCCCAGACAGCCUGGAUGCCAUGCAAAGUCUGAGGAUAGCAACAGCUGAGGCCCAAAACCUGCACCAGCAAGUUCUGAACAAGCACAGGCAGAUCCCCAUCCCUGCAGCCACUUCCAUGCCCAUCCAGGAUGGUCUUCGAGUUCCAGCCAAGGCCCCUAGGACUACCCAGAGCAACACCAGGCCUGUGGGCAGAGGUGACCCCAGGAUCUCAGCAGCCCCCAGAAAGGUCAGUGGGGAAGAAAAAGCACUACCCAGAGAGCUGCCUGGGGGGUGGGUAACAAUUCAGGACGGCAUCUACACUGCUCACCCUGUGAGGACCUUUGAUCCACCUGGGGGUGUCCAGCUUUCAGAAAGGAAAUCCCAGCCCAGGGGCAAGGAGACUGCCCUCUCAGCCCAGGCUCCCAGCUCACUCCAGGGAGGCCUAGAUCAGAAUAUUGGGCCAGGGCAGGAGCCUGGGGGCCACACACAGAAGGCCUGGGGGCUUCCAGGGAAAGUGAUGGCAGAAGUCUGCCCAGGGGGCUGCCAAACUGCAGAGACCACUCUGAAGACUGCUCCUUUAUCCCAUCACACUUCAGCCUCUGGGGCCCAUACCACAGGUGCUAGCCUGCACUCCCAUAAUGCCUCUGUUCCUCCCCCUCCUACUCUCCCAGCUGCUGUGACAGGACCUGACUUCCCAGCCCGAGCCCACCAGGAUGAGGACUCCAACCAGCAGGCCUCUGGGCCCCUGCAGAAGCCCCUUCUUCAUUCCCACAGCAGCCCUGCUGCCCAGAGAACCCCUGAGGGGUCACAGACAAAGACUGCAAAACUGGAUCCCACCAUGCCUCCAAGAAAGAAGCCCCAGCUGCCCCCCAAACCUGCACACCUAACCCAGAUACAUCCUCCUCAGAGGCUGCCCAAGCCCUCAGCUGUAUCUCCUAGCUUUGCCUCAGAGAGGAGGCAAGGAGAACAUAAACGAAGUGAGACAGAUACAGCCAUUCCUCAGCCAGCCAACGUUCCCAGCACAGACCAGGGCCACAUAUCUCCAGCUGGAUGCCCCAGUGAACAGAACCUGCCAGGCCUCAGCACCAUGGCCCCCAGGCCUAUCGACAAUCAGGCUACAAGCCACAAUGUCCAGAGCUCUGAGCGCCCCAAGCUCAAUGCUAUCAACGAUGACCCCACCUCACCACAGCUGGCCUCUAACCCCCAAAGAGAGAAGCCCAUGAAAUAUUCCAUGCAGGGUCCUCAUAAGACUCCAGUGACUUUGCAGGGAAGCCAGGAAGAGCUCCAGGGCCUCCUGAGCCGGGUUCAAGCCCUGGAGAAGGAGGCUGAAAGUAGUGUGGAUGUGAAGGCUCUGCAGAAGCUCUUUGAAACUGUGCCUCAACUUGGAGGAGUUGCCUCUCAGUCUCCUGCUGCACCCCAAAAGCCUGAGGCCUCAGUGGAGCAGGCCUUUGGGGAGCUGACACGAGUCAGCACAGAGGUUGCCCAGCUGAAGGAACAGACCUUGGCCAGGCUGCUGGACAUUGAAGAGGCUGUGCACAAGGCCUUGAGCUCCAUGUCUAGCCUCCAGCCUGAGGCUAACUCCAGAGGCCAUUCCCAGCGAUCUCCAAAGGAUCACAAUACCCACAAGGUUAGUGUCACGGUCAGCAGUAGUGCCAGGCCCAGUUGCUCAAGCCAGAAGUUCAGAGGUCAAACCAUAGUCAAGAGCCAAGCCAAGGCUGGAUGCCACACUGAAGUCCAGAGUCAAGCUGAGGCCAGAAAUCACACAGAGACCAGAGGUGAAAUAGCCUCAACUGUUCCUUCUACCAGGAGCCUGGAGACAUCAGGAGAAAAUUUGGGCCUCCCUCGAGUCUUGCCUACCAACAGAGAUUCACCCUCCUCCCCAACAUUCAUCUCUAUCCAAUCAGCCACAAGGAAGCUCCCAGAGGCUUCUAGCCCUAAGGGCAAUCCCAAUGUCUCAGUGAAAAGUACAUACCUGACUCAGGACAUGAGCCACCAAAAAAGUGUUGAGGACAAAGCUGAGAAGGAGGAAGUCUCCCAGUGCUGCAUACAGCCAGAGCCCACCCCUGCCAUGGCCAGCCCCCCUCCCACAGGGCGGCAAAAGAGUGUCUUGGAGUUGCAGACUGGGCCAGGUGGCUCCCAGCUCUAUGGAACCACAAGAACCAUGACUGAGCAGUAUGAGGAGGUGGACCAGUUUGGGAACACAGUCCUCAUGUCCUCCACAACAGUCACUGAGCAGGCAGAGCCGCCCAGAGGCCUGAGCUCCCACUACGGGUUCCACGCCUCUCCCUUGCUAAGGCAGUUCCUGCACAGCCCAGUUGGGUUUGGCAGUGACCUGGCAGAAGCUGAGAUGGCACAGGUGCUCUGUGGCCACUCCCAGCCAGCUACCCAGUGAGCCCCUCCGCCUGCCGGCACAGCCUCCCACCCAUCACUGAGCUGCCUCCCUUCGCAGCCCCAGGACUGAGGUGGAUGCCUACCUUCUGCAUACAUAGGGCAAGGACUAAGAAGAAAGGGCAUCUUUAGAGGGCUGUUAGGGGUCCUUUGCCUUUUGUUGGUUCCAUCAGUAGGCCCAGUUCUUCAAAAAGGGGGAAAAAAGGUCAGGAAGAGGCCCACCAAGUAGCACAGGCAUGGGAGUAGGAUGGGGUCUCCCAGCUGCUGGUGGAGAAUGUAACAUGCACAGAUACAUGGCCCACUCGUGGACACAUGUGAAUCUGCACACCACUGUGUGAAUUGGAACCCCUGCUUUCCUAUGUUCCUCAAUCCUCAGCCUUUCUUUCUUUUAUUAGUCUGAAUGUUCUCAGCCCUCUAGUCCUUAAUCCCUAGAGAGGAAUAGGCCCAACUGGACACAGCACUGUUCUCUGAGACUGAUCUGGGGGUUCCAGAAGAGCCUGGCCACCAGUCUCCUCAUCACCAUCUCCAUCAUUCAAUCUGGUCAUCCUGGUAGUCCAAAGGUCACACAAAAAGAGUCAACAAUCAGCAAUACCCAAAUACACUCUUCUGCCCCCCUCUGCUCCCCACUCUGUAUCCCAAAUAAGAAAGAUACAGUGCGAAUAAACUCAAGUUUUAUGCUCUAAAA